GAGAGCGCAGGUGGCAAAGCAGGGAGAGUGACCUCAUCAGAGCCCACGGCCCAUGCUGCCCCCUGCCCUUGCCCGUCUGGCCCUCCUGGCCCUGGUCUCUGUGGCCAGUGCUGUGGACCCAGGGGAGGUGUGUCAGAUCGAGAUGAACCAGAUCAAAGACCAUCUCCAGGCCAACUGCACUUGGCUGGGGCUCAGCACGGUGCCCUCCAACCUGUCCACAGACAUCGGCAUCCUUCUACUUGGUUCCAACCACCUAACAUCUGUCUCCACCAGCUCCUUCCAGUACCUUCCUAUGCUGGUUGGCCUGGACUUGUCACACAAUGGCUUGAAAUCAUUCCACGCUGGGCCACCUUUGCCCCUGCUUCAGGAGCUCAUUCUGUCUCACAAUGCUCUGGGAGCCUUGCCCCUGCUGCAGGGCCUGCCUGCCCUUCUCCACCUGGGCCUGGCUCACAACAGCAUCAAGGACCUUGCUCCCAAGGCCUUCCGAUCCCUGGGGAAAUUGGAGGAGUUGGAGCUGAAGGGGAACCAGCUGCAAAGGCUGCCCGAGGACACCUUUGCGGGUCUGGCUGUGCUGCGAGACCUGGACUUGUCCAACAAUGCCCUGGAGGAGCUGCCACUGGGGCUGCUGACUAAGUUGGGGGCACUGGAGACCCUGAGGCUGUCGGGGAACCGUCUCCGUACUGUGCCCACUGGCUUCUUCCCUGAAGAUCGGCUCUUCCCUUAUAUCUUCCUGGACAAGAACCCCUGGCACUGCGACUGCAGCCUGGCCUACCUACGGGACUGGAUCACCGAGAACGAGCCCAGCAUCUACUAUCAGGAGGAAGGACUGGAUAAGACAAAGGUGGAGAAUGAUGCAGAAAGUGUCAAAUGCGACUCACCUGCCCACUACAAAGGGACCCCAGUCAUCCACUUCACGCAAGUCUGCUCCAAGGAGGGGGACAAGGACACCUCUGUGCCUGAGCCAGAGCUAAUGGACCUUCCCGUGUCCCCCAUUAAUGUCCCCUUUGCCACCAUGGCCUCAACCAGUCCUCUGCCCCACACUAGGACCCCUGUACCCUCCACUAGUACUCCUGUGCCUUCCACUAGUACCACUGUUCCCCUUACUGGUACCCAUGAAGCCCCUGCUAGUAUGCCCAUUUCCCUUACUAGUACCCCUGUACCCCCCACUACUACCACUGAGCACCAUACUCUUGUGCCUCCCAGCAGUGCCCCCUCCAUAACCAUGGCUUCCACCUCCUCUUCACCCCCUGCCCCCAAUACCCCAGGGACUUCCACUAUUACUACUAUUAUCUCAUCUCUCAGCUCCCAUGUGCCUCCUCUCACCUUUAAACCCACCCCACCCAGCCCUCUCCCACAUGUGCCCCAUCACCAGCCAUCCCCUCCUCCAAGGGCUCCCCCUGUUUGUUCAUGUCUCACCUCCCCGGCCAAGCUGCCUAGCAUGGGCCAUCACCUGGGUGGAAAAGGCCGCUCAUGGGGGCACUGGGUACUGGCUCACUGCUGCCUGCUCCACCUGGUGCUCUACCUUGCCUCUUUGGUGCUGCUGGUGCUGCCUACACUGGUUCUGCUCGGGUGGCUGGCCUGGUUAUGUCUGGUCUGGAAACAGCCAACCCCAAGAGCCUCCCCAUGGAUGCAGAGAGUGCACUACCAGCUGCUUGGGCAGGAGAGGUGGGAUGCAUCCCCUGUGAUGCAUCUCAGGAGCCCCAGGAGUCCCCCCCACUUCUGCGUCACAAAGGAGCUGCAGAUCCUUUAUGAUCACCCUGCCCCCACCUUCUGCACCACCAAGGAGCUGCAGGUCCGCCGUGGCCUCCUCACCCCCAUCUUCUGCACUACCAAAGAGCUGCAAGUCCGCCACUACCACUCUGUCCCUGCCUUCCAGUGCAUCACCAAGCAGCUGCUGAGUGGAGGACGGGUGGGUCCAGGGAGGUCCCCCUCUGCCUACAGCCUGGACAGAGGCGUGGAGGCCAUUGGGGCUGUCAGGGUGAAAUAUGCCACCAGCACUCUCUAAGCAAGGGCAGAAUGCCUGAGGUCUUUUGGGUCAAGGAAGGGAGCUUUGCUAGCCAGGAUGUAUGGUUCUGCUCCCAGCUCUGGUGCUGUGACCUGCUCUGCUCUCCCCUCCCUUCCCUUGCCUGCAGUAUCACUGCAGUAUCACAGUGGUUAGACAUCUCCCCUGAUAAGCUUCUUUACUGGAUGUAAUACCCAGGAAUCUAGACUGCCAGACACCCAUCCAUCAACUUGAUGGGCAACUCUAUCCCUUCUUUUGUCUCCUUGCAAUGGCCUGAAGUGACUAGCUAAUGUGGUAAGUUUCUACUUAACACCAGACAGUUUGGGGGAGUGGCUUUUGCCCUUCUUUCAGGACGGGAGUUGGGUGCAGAGCUGAUGUUUCUCUUGUGACUCUGGCUGUUCUUUCCAUUAUAUGUCAGUAGUGGACCUUGCUGUGAAUUCUGUGUCAGGGAACUUCAUCUGCUGGCCACAGAAUAAAGUCUUGCUUUGAUAGCA